AUGCUCAGGAGGGCUCUUCUGAGCGCCCGCUUGUCAGCGCAAUCAGUUGCCGCCGUUGAGUCUUCGUCUCGGAUUGUUCGACCAGCACUCGGAUCUUACAAAAGUAUCCAUCAUUCUGCUCGGCUGCCUGCCAUUACGCCUUCAGAGACUCGUCACCGGCCGACUUUGCGCCCUCAUCAUCAGCCCGCUGCGCAAGCUCGGGUGAACGGACCGUCGCCCGUCACCAAACGAACGAUCUUCAUCCAAACGGAAAACACGCCCAACCCUGAUGCAUUGAAGUUCAUCCCAAACCACCGCGUGCUACCCGAAGAGUUCCCCACGUCUUUCCUCGAGUAUCUCUCGCCCCGGUCCACGCUCGCACCCCCUCACCCCUCGCCGCUCGCGGCGAAUCUCUUCAACGUCGAGGGCGUCACAUCCGUCUUCUAUGGCCCGGACUUCAUCACGGUGACCAAAUCGAGCGAUGCGAACUGGGCGCACAUCAAGCCCGAGGUCUUCAGCCUGAUCACCCAGGCCGUGACAUCCGGCGAGACGAUCGUCAACACCGUCGAGAAGUCCGGGGAGCAUGCGCAGGAAGGCGGCGAGCAGGAUUCGUUGAGCUUCAACGAGGAGGACGACGAGGUUAUUGGCAUGAUCAAGGAGCUGCUUGAGACGCGAAUCCGGCCCGCGAUCCAGGAGGAUGGCGGCGAUAUUGAGCUGCGUGGGUUUGAGAACGGGAUUGUGAAGCUGAAGCUUCGUGGCGCGUGCCGGACGUGUGAUUCAAGCACCGUGACGUUGAAGAAUGGCAUUGAGUCGAUGCUGAUGCAUUACAUUGAAGAGGUCCAGGGUGUUGAGCAAGUUCUGGAUGAAGAAGAGGAGAUCUCUAUGCACGAAUUCGCCAAGUUUGAGGAGAAGCUACGUCAGCAGAAGGGACCCCAGGCGACUGCGUCGUCUGGAGGCAAAGGAACCUUGGACUCGGCGCCCUAG